AAGAAUUAUUUCAUUAAUAGUUGCUUUAUUAAAAUUUUUUAAUACGAUUGAAUAUCUUUGGUCAGUAUUUCAUACGAUUAAAAUACGUAUUAGUAUAUUUCGGUAAUUAUCGUAAUCAAAAUAGGUAGCACGUGAAAGCAAGAGACGGAAAGUGCGUGUACUUUGAUAGAAUUUAUAGAUAUUUUUUCAUAUUUUAAUUGUAAUCAUGAUCGCAUUAGACAUUACCGCAAAAAUUGGAAAAUCGCCGAAGAAACCCCAAGUAGAAAUCAGGGAAGACAGCGAUGAUAACGAACAAGAUAGCGAUGAGGAUACUAUGGAGUCCGAAGCACAGGAAUUGGAAAGCGCGGAUAAAGGAUUUAAAGAAAUAGAAUUUGAAGAGGAUGAAUUUAACACUGAAAAAACCGAAGGAAAUCCAGGGUGGGCAGAUGCUAUGCAGAAAAUUCUGUGGACAAAAAAGCCCAAGCGUAAAAAGAUGAUAGUUUUAUCCAAAGCGAAAAAGUUAUGCGACGCGAAGAAAGAAAAAAGCGAAGAUGUAUCGUUUGAAAUUGAAACGAUAAAAACGGAAGUUAAGGAAGAACAGUCGGACAAAAUUAAAGACCAAGUAGAACAACCGCUUACACAAUUGAUAGAAAGGAAAAAAAAUAAUUUAGGUAUCAGGAUAAAACCGAGAAUAACGGAUAGAGAUCGUGAAAGAAUAUUACAAAAGAUUGCUACGAAAGGCGUAGUACAAUUGUUUAAUGCUGUAAGACAGCAACAAGGGGAUAUUAGUGAAAAAUUAUCAGAAGCCGGCCCGUUGGAAAGAAAACGCGAACAAGUACUUAAAAGUAUUGAUAAGAAUUCAUUUUUGGAUAUUCUUAUGGGUGGAAGUAAAAGUAUUAGGGUAGAUAACGAUGUUAAAAAUGAAUCUCAAGAAAACGAUAAAAAUAAGGAAAAGGAUACGGGUGUAUGGAGCGUAUUGAGGGAUGAUUUUGUUAUGGGAACAAAGUUGAAAGAUUGGGAUCGCAGAAGCGAAAACGAAGAUUCUUCUGCACCAGAAGAUAUGGAUAGCGAUAAUUAAGUUCUAUAAAAAUAUAGAAUGUUUGUGCACGCGUCAACAAAUUGUAUGUACAAAAUUGAUUUGAAAAUAUGCUACCAUUGUGUCUGAACUCGCGAUGGCGCAAAGUUAUUAUUACUGAGCGUGUCAGUAAAACUAAUUAAAAAUCAUUUUUAAUACAUUUUCUGUACUUGAUACUUUAAUCCAGUCUUCACCUUUGUAUCGAGAUCUGUUGAGAUUUGCUCUUGCUUUUUUAAAAUAUUUGUAUGGUUUGUAAAC